AUGAACCAUUUUGAGGAAAACGAAAUCAAGUAUUUAAAGAAGCAAAAGAAAAUAAGAAAGUGCCGUAGCGUGUGGCAAAAAAUAAUUAGAAAAAGUCUGGGAUGCACAAAACAAGAAAUAAAAAAAAGCAUCGCAAAUAGUAAGAGGGAAAGGGAGAGAGUAAUCUCCAUCCUAUAUGGAAGCGUCUUCAGAGGAAACAAAUACCUCCUCUACACAAAAAAAUGGAGAGGAAAUACAUUAAACGAAAUAAUCAAUCAGGACAAAAAAAAUUACAUGAACUUGAAAAAUUUAAAAAGUGUAGACACUAGCUACUUCUGCAGGUUAGCCUUUGGCUACGUCGACCAGAAUGACAGCAGUAAUUUUACAAAAGGGGGACAGCCAGGGCAACUGAAAAGUUGUGACCCUCAGGGUAACACCAACCCUAACGGGAACGGCGACCCUAACAAUAGCAAUGGAAACGAUAGCGGCAACGUUGACCUCGCCUGUGGGGGGGCAACUGCCCAGGACGGCGUAUGUACAACAGCGGAGCAGAGUGGCCACCCAGGAGGAUGCCACAGCAACAAACCCACCAGCCGCGCAAACGCAAAGAAAACACAACCCAAUCAAAGCCAAAUAAUGACCAGAAAAAAAACCAGCCACUCGGAUAAAAACACACCCAUUAAUGAAAAAGAGGAAGUAUAUGAAAAAUUAAAUUAUUUAGAAAAAAGAAGUUACAGAAAUAGAGCCAAGGUAGAUAAUUAUAACUCUCUCAACGGUGGUACAAAUAGCAGCAGCUACUAUUACUAUGGUAAUCAGUAUGGGAAUGGAAGCGCUAAUUUGAACUCAACGGGGAAUUAUUACAGUGUGGGUAGCAACGAUAGCGCGGCUAGAAAUGCAAACGGGAGAAAUGCAAAUGGAAGAAAUGUAAACGGUAGAACUGCCAACAGCAGAAGCAGCCCGAAGGAUGCUACACUCUGCGAACCCCAAUCAGACGAAAACACAAUGAUUAAAUACAAGUACCUACCCACGGGUGUAUUCUACAGCAGAGUUUCACGCUCCUUUAUUGCCAACUGGAUUGAUUACAGAACAAAAAAACAAAUUAAAAUGCCAUACAAGAUAGCCGAAUUCGGAAUAGAAAAAUGUAUGAUCUUAGCCAUCCUGUCUAGGAACCUUCGUAUUAGUAACCUCAACAACGCCUUGAAGUGCUACGACAAUUUAACCUCCGAGCAGAAGGAACAGAUGCUACAAGCUAUUAGAACCACACAAAAGAGUGAAAAACUCUUUAACGAUCUGCUUAAACCAAACGCCAAGGAUAUGUCAAACGGUCUUCACAGUAGAGCAUCCCCAAACGCCGCAGCAGACGGUCAGACGAACGAAGUUAACGUGCAAACGGACAUGGUAAGCGGACAGCCAGACCAACGAAUCACUCAAAGCAACCAACUCACCGCACUCAGCAACAACGAACAAGAACAGAAACGUACGGCCGUCAAAAAAACAGGUAUCGAAAAAAAAAAAGUUAAACAGUCCUACAAUAGCUCAGAGAAUUUACCCACAGGUGUGUAUUUCUACCAAGGCUCAUAUGUAGCCAAUUGGUGGGAAACACAACAAAAAAAACAAUUUAAAGUUCCUUUUAAAAUAUCUGAACAUGGAAUAACUAGAGCUAAAAAUCUAGCCAUCAUUGCCAGAAUUAUUAGAUCAUCCUCUGUGCAACAAGUUAAUUUAAUUUUAUCUCAAAUCGAGCAAACAAAAAAUAUCACAAAGUUGAACUAUGCUGCCAUUGCUGCUUUAGCUUUUAAAUAUAUAAAUCCUCCUCCGAAAAAGGAAUAA